AUGUCUCUACCUCCAAUCCCUGACUUAGAAGCGGCAGCGAAGAAGAUAGUAUGGGAAGCAAAAGCGAAAGGCAGCCUGAAGGAAUUUACUCCCCGGAUAAUCAGACAAACGAUUGCGAAGCAAUUCCAGCUCGAAGAAACAAUCUUGGAUGAAGGGAAAUACAAAUCUGCUAUCAAGGCCGCUACCAAGGCUGCAUUGGACGAAGAGCCGCCCACAGCAGACAAUGAGGCCAAGCCUGCUUCCAAGAAUGUCACUCCGAAGAAGAAGCGAAAGUCGAACGGGAAGUUGAAGGCUGAAGAAGACGAAGAAGGGAAGUCCGAGUCGGCGCCUACUCCUAUGGCGAAGGGAAAGGCCAAAGGCGCACCGAAGAAUAAAAACAACGACGACGCGGACGACCUCCCUCGGAAGAAACGGAAGACAGUAAAAUCUAAGAAGGAUGAAUCUGAGUCCGACUUUGACGGCGAGGAACAAGAGAACAGCAAGAAACCAGUUGUUCAAAGUGGGCAGAAGAAGGACAAGAGCUUCAAAUCUGCUGAACACGUACCGACUUCAGACAUGGAGCAAGACGAUCCGGAUCCUAUUAGCACCGCUGGUCCCUCCACAACAAGCAAGAAGCCAGAAUCUCCUCAACGCAAACGAGCACCAGACUCCAAAUCCAAGACAACGCCUGUGAAGGCAAAGGCUGCGAAAGCACAAUCGAAGCCAGCAUCUUCGAAGGCCAAGGACAUCUCAAAGGACGAUGAUGCUGAAAAGAGUGAUUCUGAACUCUCGGUGCUAACCGACGAGCCUCCCAAGAAGAAACGCAAGUCGAAGUCGGGCGAGAAGGCGAGCUCUUUCUUAGGUCACAGUGAUAAAUUCGAUAUACUCACACCUUGCAAUAUUGUUCAGGAAUCGACGAAGAGCAAGCCUAAGGAAAAGAAAGGCAAGAAACCAGCAGUAGCAUUGAGCAAAGACGAAGAGACUAUUAAACGCCUGAAGUCUCUCGUCGUUGCCUGCGGAACCCGCAAAGUCUGGUCCAAAGUCUUCCAAGGGCUUGAUACACCACAACAGCAAAUCAAGAAACUCAAAGAAAUGCUAAGCGAGCUGGGUAUGACAGGGCGGAUGACCAUGGAGCAGGCCAAAGCCAUCAAGGAGAAGCGGGAGUUUGAACAGGAGCUACAGGAUGUCCAGCAAUUCGCCGAAGCCGUGGCUGGGCGGUCUUCGAGAAGCAAGGCUACGAAAGUGGAUGAAUCCAAGUCUGAAGAAGAGGAUGCUAAGAUGUCGGAGGAUGAGGACGAUGACGAGGAGGUGGCUGCCCCGAAGAGACGCCCAAUGAAUGCUCGAAAGAGUAUCAUGGCUUUCUUACAAGACCAGAGCAGCGAUGAGGAGUAG